UGAGGGAAAUAAUGAUCUAGGGCUUUCACUCGGGAUGACGAGCGGCGACAAGGACGACGAUGCCGAGCAGCGCAUUCAGCGAGCGAUGGACAGGAUCUUCUCGUCGCCGAUCCAGGCGGCGUCUUCAUGCUCCUCGUCUCCACCAACAAAGAGCAUUUUGGAGCGCCGGGUCGUCACGCCUCUCGCGCUUGAGAGAAGUCCCGGUGAGAAGAAUGCCGGAGAGAAGAAUGCUGGAGAAAUAGCGUCCAGUUCCACGCCGAGCUGCCGGCCAUGGGAUCGAGAAGAUUUGUUGCGGCGCCUGGGGACCUUUAAAUCCGUGAGCUGGUUUGGAAAACCAUCGGCAGCGGGCCCUGUUGCCUGUGCACAAAGAGGAUGGAUCAAUGUCGAUAUGGAUUUGCUCUGCUGCGAGGUCUGUGGAUCGCGUCUAAGUUUCUCCUUUCCAGCGACAUGGUCGAAGAAGGAAGUUGAAACGGCGGGGCUGGAGUUUUCGCGAAAGCUUCACGAUGGCCACAAGACAUCUUGUCCGUGGAAAGGAAAUGGCUGUGGCGAAGAUCUUGCAGCUUUUCCGCCAACUCCUGCUCCAGUUUUAGUUCAAGCAUACGAAGCACGCUUGCAAUCCGUGGCACUUCUCUCUGAUCUUCCGGUGAUUUCCUCUUCGACUGUCGAGCGCAUGAAGAUCUCGAGAGGGGAUCAAGUUGCAAGUUUGCUGGCGUUGCCUUCGAAUGAUGCUGCAGUCCGAGAGUUAGAAGCUGCACAAGGAGAGGCUGUGCAAAAGCUGCGACAAACAUACGAGGCGUUUCUACAGGCCCAAAAGCUUAUAAGUCUCUGUGGAUGGGAGGUGCGGCUUCUUCCUUACGCUGUUGAUAGUCACGACUCCAAUGUGGAUUCUCACGAGCUCAGGGUUUCUCUUGCAACAGGCAGCGAUCCCUGCUCAGCAGUUUUGGAGUGUCGUCUGUGCAAGGCAAGCGUUGGGCUGUGGAGGUUCCGGACUUUGAGCCGUUCUUCGCUCUCCAUCACGGCAAUCUUGUCAACCAUCGAAGCAUCCGCGAAGAAGAACGUUGAAGUCCUCCCCGCCGGUGAUGUCAAUGCACACGUUGACGACAACGCAGCCGAAAACAUCGACACUGUCAACGCAGAAGCCACGAUCUCCGAAGACAACGACGCCGCUGCGGUCGACGAUUCAAAGAAAAACCCGGGUCUCGAUCUCACUCUUACUAUAGCCGGCGGUCCACGACCAACGCGACUCUCAGCACCCUCUCCGGCCUCCAUUCCCAUUCCGGGGCUCAACAGUCAGCGGCACGAUGACUUCCAGCCGAGAAAGUCGACUCUGGAGCAAGAGCCGGCCGAGAAAACAACGGUACAGGACAGGUCGAGCAGCAAGAGAAAACGUGAUUCGGAGUCGGCACACAGGAAGAAACUGAAAGCCGUGGACGGCUUGCCGGGCAGCUCGUCCGUGAACGCGGUGGAGACGUCGUAUAACCACAACAGGCACGAAAACUCUGCCGAGAGUGUGGAGUGCUCUCCACAAGGAAGCGACGAGGAGCAGGACACAGUACUGAGCCGAGAGAAGGCCGCGAGCCAGGACGUUGCAAAGGAAGCCGCGAUUUUCAGUGGCAGCCCGAGCGAAUUCGAUCCCGUCCAUCACCAUCGCUAUUUUUGUCCUUGGAUAAGUUCGAAUGCGGCAGAUCAGUCAGGAAAGUGUGGCUGGCAGAUGACGAUCGACGCUAUCUUCUCUUGCGCCGCGACGAAUGCGAAGUCCGGCGUUGUGAGUGAUAGAGACAAGGCUGCCGCUGUCAAUAAGAUGGACCCCCUCGUUUCGGUGAGGAGGAUGCUGGGCGGGAAAGGGAAAGGUGUUGCUGUUAAUGGAGGAGCAAUUUCCAUGAGUCGAGCUGGCACGUAAGAAAAAAAACUUUUGAGAGAAUUUGGCCACCGCAUGAAAUGGCUACGUGAGACGAUACACAAUUUCGGACAUGCAGUGGAUUUCGAUGGUCUUGUCCAGUAUCUCAACAAGUAUGACAUUAUGGUAUAAGAAGUAGUGUUUUCUCUAUUC